AUGAACACUCGAGCCUCUGUAGCCUACGGCUGGGGCAUCCUCUGCCUAGCCGGCGGCGGCGCCUACUAUUUCGCCAAACGCAGCAUCAACUCCGACCGCGCCGAGCGGGCCAUGGCCGAGGAGAAACGCCGCCAACAACGCGAACGGAUGCGAGUUACCGAGACUGCUUCGAGAGAUGCACGCUUAGGUUCUGGGGCGAGUUCUGCCACCACUUCGGGGAAGAAGAAGGCUCCAGCACCCAAUGCGGAGAAGGUGCAGACGAGCGAUCCGGCGCCGGUAGAGCAUGCGGGUGGGAAAGAGGCGGGGGAUCCGGCAGCGGUGGAGCAUGAUGAAGGGAAGUUUGAGAGCAAGGCGCCGUAUCGGAGUCGGAAGGGGGAUAGGUUCAGUUAG